AUGGUUCCGUCUCCUUCGAUACGAACCCAGCUCCACGCGCUAUGCCGUUUGGCCAUCACAGCCUUCAUCUUCCAAUCAAGCCUGUCUGCCCAGGUUCCCCUGAACAAUAUUACAGACCACACGGCGUUGCUUUCCUUCAAGUUGUCCACCAACGACCCCAUCAAUGCACUGGCUAAUUGGAACAGCAGUACUUCUUUCUGCAACUGGAAUGGAGUGCUAUGCAGUCGUCGGAGACAGAGAGUUGUAGCUCUAGAUCUUGCUGCCAUGUCCCUCGAAGGUACUGUUUCUCCAUACCUUGCCAACCUCUCCUUCCUCCAGGCCCUCAACCUCAGCUCCAAUCUUUUUCAUGGCACUCCUCCCAUCGAGCUUGCUCAGCUUCCUCGGUUAAGAAUCCUCCACCUGUCUGCAAAUAAUUUGGAUGGCGCAAUUCCACAAAGCUUGUGUCUCUGCCGUAGCCUUCAACAACUGUCUUUGUCGCGUAAUCAAUUCGAGGGUGCCAUAGACGCGUGCUUCGGGAGCUUGCCAGAUCUUGAGUACCUCUCCCUUCGUUCUGAUAACUUGGUUGGUAGCACGAUUCCACCUUCCUUGGCAAAUCUGUCAAAGCUCGACACCUUAGAUCUUUCCGGAAAUGGACUGGUCGGAAACAUACCAGGCGAAUUUGGCAGCAUUCCUCGCUUCCGUAGAAUCAAUUUAUCUUUCAACAACCUCACAGUAUUUAUAGAACAAAAGAAAAAACUACCCACUAAUGCCACUUGCCAAAAAGCAGCUCCAUUUUGUGGACACAUAACCACUAAUUCCUAUUUUUAUGGCUAA